AUGUAUUUUGAUGUUUGGGGGUGUGUUUUAUGGGGGUUUUUGUUUUUUUUGUGGGGGAUUUUUGUUUGGGGGGGGGUUUUGUUGUGUGUGGGGUUGGUUGGGUUGGGUUUUGGGGUUUGGGUUAUUUUGUUUAGGGGGGGGGGGUUGUUGGAUGGGAAAGAAAGUUGGUAUGGGGGAUUGGGGGGGGGGGGGGGGGGGGGGGGGGGGGGGUUUGUUUUGGGGGGGUUUGUGGUUUGGGGGUGUUGGGGGUUUUUGUUUGUUUUGGGUUUUUUUGUUGGGUUGUUUGUGUGGGUUUUGGUUUGUUGUUUUGGUGGUUUUGUGGGGGGGGGGGUUUGUGUGGUGUUGUUGGGGUGGGGUGUUGUUGGUUUGGGUUGGGGGAUUGUUGGUUUUGGUUUGUUUUUGUGUUUUGGGUUGUUGUGGGGUGUUUUUAUGUUGUGUUGGUUGGUUGGGGUUGUGGUUGGUUGGGGGUUGAGUAUGGUUGGGAGGGUUUGUUUUUGUGUGUUUUGGGGGUUUGUUGUUGUGGGGGGUUUUUUUGUGUUUGUUUUUGUGGGUGGGGGGAUGUUGGUUGUUUAUUGUUUGGUUUUUUUUUUUGUGGGGUUUUUGUUUUUGUUGGGGUUGGGGGUGGGGUUUUUUGGGUGGGGGGGGGGUGGGUUUGGGUUGGGGUGUUUGUUGUGGGUUUUUUGUUGUUUGGGUUGUUUUGUGUUGAGUGUUGGUGUUAAGUUUUGGGGGGGGUGUGUUGUUGGUGUUUUGUUGGGUUGUUUUUAUUUUUUUUUUUUGUUUUUGUGGGUUUGGUUUUUAUGGUGUUUUGUGUUGGGGGGGGGGGGGGGGGGGGUUGGUGGUUUUGUUGUUUGGGGGGGGUAUUUGGUUGGUUGGUUUGUUGUGGGUUGGGGGGGGGGUGUAUAUUGGUGGGGUGUUGGGGGGGGUGAUAUUGUUGGUGUGGGGUUGGUUUUGGGGGGGUGUGGGUGUAGGGGUAUUUGUGGUGUUGUGUUUUUUGGUGUUGUUGGUGUGGGGGGGGUUGGGGGUUUAGGUGGUUUUGUUUGUUGUAGGGUUGGUGUUGUGGUGGUUGGGGUUGGGGGGGUGUUGAUUGGUUUUAUGUGGGGGGUGGGGGUGGUGUGGGUUUUUUUGUUGGUGGGGUUGGGGGUUUGGGGUUUUUUGUGUGGGGGGUUGUUUGUGUGGGUUGUAGGGGGAUUUGGGGGGGUUGGGGUGGUUUUGUUUUUUUUUGUGUUGUUGGGUGUUGUUUGGGUUGUGGGUUUUUGUGUUGGGGUUUGGGGUCGUUUGUUAUUGUUUGUUUAUGGUUGGAGUGUGGGUGUUGUGUUGGUGGGGGGUUGA